AGGCUGACGGAUCAGCUGCGCUUCCGUCCGUGAACUCCAUUCCGUGCCAUAAAACAGGUGCACGAGUCCCGACGCCGAAGGCAAUUAAGAUCAGCUGCGCUGCGCGCCCCAGCAAGCAACCGACCGACCGGUACCGUGAAUCUGUGCGAUUUGGGCGUGCGCGCGAGGGAGGGGUGUGGACAUGGCGGCGAGGCUGGCGCGGCGUGGCGCGGGGCUCGCGGCGGCCCUGGCGCAGCGGCGCGGGAUGUGCUCGGCCUCGGCGCCCGCGGCGGCGCUGUCCUCCGAGGAGCUCAUGCGGAUGGAGCGGGACUGCAGCGCUCACAACUACCAUCCAAUUCCCAUGGUCUUUUCCAAAGGAGAAGGUUCACAUAUACUGGACCCUGAAGGCAACAAAUACAUUGAUUUUCUCUCUGCUUAUUCUGCAGUCAAUCAGGGUCAUUGCCAUCCGAAAGUCCUGAGAGCUCUGAUAGAACAGGCGGAAAGGCUUACACUCAGUUCCAGAGCUUUCUACAAUGAUAAAUUCCCAAUCUUUGCUGAAUAUCUGACAAGCAUGUUUGGGUAUGAAAUGAUGUUGCCAAUGAAUACUGGAGCUGAAGGAGUUGAAACCGCUAUCAAGUUGGCAAGGAAAUGGGGUUAUGAGAAGAAAAAGAUACCGAAGAAUGAGGCUUUGCUUGUCUCUUGCUGUGGAUGUUUCCAUGGCCGGACACUCGGGGUCAUUUCCAUGAGCUGUGACAAUGAUGCAACUCGUGGUUUUGGUCCUUUGGUCCCUGGCCAUCUCAAAGUUGAUUUUGGAGAUAUUGAUGGGUUGAAGAAAAUUUUCCAAGAGCAUGGAGAUCGGAUAUGCGGUUUUCUGUUUGAACCUAUCCAAGGAGAAGCUGGGGUAGUAAUCCCACCAGAUGGCUAUUUGAAAGCUGUAAGAGACUUGUGUUCUGAGCACAACAUUCUGAUGAUUGCUGAUGAGAUCCAAACAGGCAUAGCUAGAACUGGGAAAAUGUUGGCAUGUGAUUGGGAAGACAUACGGCCUGAUAUGGUGAUUCUAGGAAAAGCUCUUGGUGCUGGAAUCGUUCCAGUCAGUGCAGUUCUUGCAGACAAGGACAUUAUGUUGUGUAUCAAACCAGGAGAACACGGAAGUACGUUUGGUGGGAAUCCAUUGGCUAGUGCUGUGGCAGUUGCAUCACUGAAAGUCGUCAAAGAUGAAGGUCUUGUUGAAAGGGCUGCAAAGUUAGGUCAGGAGUUCAGGGAUCAGUUACAAAAGGUCCAGCAGAAAUUUCCUCAAAUUAUAAGGGAAGUGCGUGGGAGGGGUUUGCUGAAUGCAGUGGACUUAAACAACGAUGCGCUAUCUCCUGCCUCUGCAUAUGAUAUCUGCAUCAAGUUGAAGGAGAGAGGCAUUCUAGCAAAACCCACACAUGAUACUAUAAUCCGAUUAGCCCCUCCCCUUUCAAUCAGUCCCGAGGAACUUGCAGAAGCAUCAAAGGCGCUGAGUGAUGUCCUGGAGCGUGACUUGCCACAGAUGCAGAAGCAGAUCAAGAAGCCAGAAUCUGAGGCAGAAAAACCAACCUGUGACAGAUGCGGCCGAGACUUGUACGGAUGAGUGAUCCUCCGAGAAGAGAUAGCCGCAUUUUCAUAGGCACCCAUUUCCCCUAAAAGGAAUAACAGACCAGGGGAUUCUCGCUAUUUUUAGCUCUCCUCCGCAUCUUGUUGAAUUGUAUAUUCAGGGAAUGUGCUAUUGUUACCUUGAUUUACCCAAAAUAAGUGGGGUAGCAUUCACCUA